AUGCACUCCUCCAUCCUCGUCCUUCUGGCUCUUGUCUCCGUCGCCGCCGCCUGCCCCGGACUGUUCGGAAUGUUCGGAGGCGGCGGAGGAUGCGGUGCGCCACCGCCGACACCGUCUUGUGGAUGUGGAGGUAGGAAGAAGAGGUGAGCUCGAAGUCAUCUUGCUAAAAAUAAUAUAUCAUCGAAUAGAAACGUCGCCGAGAGACCGAGUUUCUCCGGAAUCGCAGCCGCCGACGAUGACGUGAUGUGUAACACGCCCGAACUGAAAAAGAUCCUUCUGGAGGUACGUACCCGGAUCUUCUCUGAUCGAUGCCUUCAUUCAGAACAUGCAUUCCUCGCCGACAGACUCCUCCAAAGCCAUCAACAGUGUGCUCGAACGCAGACAGCUCCAACGUUUCGUCGUCGUCUGCUCGGAGCGCCCGUUCGUGUUCACCGUUCGAUCGGACACCGCCUACUGUGGAGCCUUCAAGCACGCACACAACUGCCACGCAUUCGCCAUGUAA